GUUUAUGUUAACGCAAUAUGCGUUUUAUAAAGCGUUUUAAACUAGUUACAUUUAGGCUCAACGCAAAACUACCAUGAGAGAAGAAUUGAAGUGAAGCUGUACGUGAGUGAGUGAAGUGACAACAUUCCAUCCUCCUCAGCUCCCCGCCGGUGCGUGUCUGCGUUGGCCUACUUCACUGGCCUAGGCCUAGCCUAGGUGCUUAGCUUCUAGGCUUAUACCUGCUGACUUACUACAAACUGCGGAAUGUUGUCGUAUGGAGAUAUCACCAUAAGGGAAGCUCCUUCUUCAGAUCAUCAAAAGACUCUCCGAGAACGAGCUCAUGGAUCACUGGAUAAUUUAACCAAAGCAUUUAGGACACCAUAUCCUGAACGUAGUCCGAAGAGGUCACCUGGUCACUCCGUUGCCUUUCAAGGCAUUCAGCCAGACAUGUAUCAACAAAAGGUAGAUUAUCGCAGUCCUGUGCAGCGUUUAAAGUCAUUGCUAACAAAACAAGAAGAAAGGACGAAUCAGCAAUAUGCUGAUACGAGGUUGUCAAGCUUCCCUAGAAAUCAACAUGCAAUGAAUCCAAUAUUACAUCAAAUGCAUGACUUGCCUUUGACAUCUGUAAAAUCAAUGACAUCGUCCAGCAACACUGGUAGCACACUGCCAAAAUCUGAGGAGCUUAUUCCGUUGAUUACUAAUCAGAGUUCCUACAUACAGCAGCUGGAAGGUGAUCUCAAAUUCUGCAAGGAAGAAAUGAUUACACUAAAACACAGGACUAAUGAAAUUUUAAAAGAAAAUAAUGACUUACACGAAGAACUUAAGACCAGUGUGGUACAGCUUGCGCUGGAUCUUCAGCAAUUUCCACAGGAGUCAGAUAAGCAGGUGAAAGAAUACAGUAGGCAACCUGGAAAUAUCCAGGACGUGGAUCCAGAACAAAAAAUGAACAAAGAACUUUAUACUAAAUGGGAAAAAGAACUGGAAAAAGUGAAGCAGUUCCAUGAUACCAAAACAAAGCGACUGGAAUCUCAACUAACCUACACAAAGGAUGAGCUCAAGAAAUGUGAAGCACUUUGUGAUGACUUAAGAUGUAAACUACGUAUGUCUGAAUCUUUAAGUCUUCUGGGUAAGGAUGAUGAGCCCGAGAGUCGGGGAAUGUGUAUACGGUGCGCUCAGCAUGAAGCAGUUAUUGUCGCCACACACUUGGAUGGCAAAAGUAAAAUGUUGGAUUCAAUAACAAAGGAGCGGGAUGAUCUUAUGAAUGUGGUAACGACAAUGAAAUCAAGCUUGGCAGAGAUGCGACAGAAGGAAACUGAAGCGUACACGCAGGUGAAACAGAGCUUAGAAAUGCUGGAAGAAUCACAGCUGGAGAAAACACAGGCAUUAGUCCAAAGAGAACAGUUGGCUGAAGAUCUAAUGAAUUGUGAACAGAGAAUGGCAGAACUGAUCUCAGAACAUCAACACAAACUCUCAGUGGAGAGAGAACUAGUCAGGAAGGAGUGUCAACAGCAGCUGCAACAGCUUCAACAACAAAUUGCACAAGGGGUGCAAGAAAAUUUAUCAAUGCAGAAUCAAGUAGAGAAAGUUUCCAGGGAUAAAGUAGCCAUGGCAACAGAGUUAGAACAAGCCAAAUCACAAAUAAUGCAGCAUUCCAUGAAUAUUACUCAGGUUUCUCAUGAUGCAAAGGUAACCAGUGCUUCAUCAACAAUACAGAGGGAUGAAGCUGUCAGGCAGCUAGACAAACUCAGGCAGACCACUUCACUUGAAAUUCAGCAACUUCUCCAGGAGAAGGAACGGCUUAAGUCGGAGUUGGCUGAUGUUAAACGACGAAUGGAUGAUGCUGAAAAACAAGCUCUUCUUAGUAAAGAUGAAAGUAUAAAAUUAACCGAGAGAUGCAAUACAGCGGAACGAGAUCUGAUGCUUGUGAAAAUGGCAAAGGAUGGAGUAGAUCGCAGCCGGAAUGAUGAUUUGCGAUCAUUAACACGUCGCACACAGCAGAGAGAACAAGAAUUACAGCAAAUUAUUCAUGAACUUCAGAAUAAAUAUUCUUGUAGUGUAACUGAACUAGAGAAUGUGAUAUGCAGUCAAGGUUUGCUGAUAAACAAAUUGAGAGAUGAAGGAACGAAUCUGACAGAAAAACUUCAAGAAGUUAGUGAUAAAUACAGGUCUGAAAUAAGGAGAUUGAAACAGGUAAAUUCAGAAUUGACUUUACGUUGUGAUCGUCUUUCUCAACAACAUGCAGAGAUUGAGGCACAGUGUGUGGAUCACGGACGUCUUCACAAACGAAUGAAACUUAGGUUAGAACAGAUGGACGAACACAGUCAGAGAAGUGGAAAGCAGAUAUAUGAACUUUUACAAAAACAAGCAGGUCUGAUGCAGGAGAGACAUGCUCUGAGUCAAGAAGUAGACUUUUUAAGAUCACAAGAUCACAAAUACAGCCCAACAUCCAUUCCAUCUAUUUCAACAAGAGGAAAUAAAGCUGGCAGCAGCCGAAGUGAAAACAGCUCACUUUCAAUGGUUGAUGGUUCCUGACGGAUUGCAAGAGGAUUGGGUUACACAAUGCAAGUCAGUGCCAAGAUAAAAAAAACCUUAAUUUAUAUUACAUUAAUAGCAGAUUUGUACAUAUAAUUGACAUGGUAAUAGUCUACCAUUUCUGUAGUGCAUAUUUCUAUUAUCCAUGCAAUCAAUACAGAAAAGAAUGGGCUUUUGAUAGCAGCACAAGUAUACUGCACAAAAUUAGUAUAAACAUAGUCCAUUAUCGGAGAAGCUGCUAUCAGCCAUUGGUCAACUGUCAAAACGUAGGUCCAAUUACUAACUACCUGAUAAGUUGGAUGAAUAGUUGGAAUUCAAACUCACAAUGAACAUUAACACAUUCCAUUUUAGAGAGGAAUUUGACCACCAUAGCAUAGAGUACAUCUGGGCAAGUAUACUAAAAGAUGAGAAGAAAAUGAUUAGGCUGUAAUGUAGCAACGGUUGUUUUAAUUUUUUCUACUAAGUCCUUUGAGCACUAUAUUUUACCAAUAUUACAGAAAUUUUUGUAUAUAUCUUGCAAAAUGUAACAUUGUCAGAACCAUUUAUGUAGUGGUUUUUUUGGUUGAGGUCUCCAUGGUUUCGUUUGUUGGUCACCCUGGUCAUCGCAAAUACAGUACUGCAAUAUUUCACGAAUGCCCGCAUAGAAACCUUGUGCCUUGCAGAGGUCUAGUUUUUUUUCCUUAGUUGCUCAAGUUCAAGCAAUAUCUUUUUAACAAACCAUGUGACAUUGGUGCUAAAAGCAUUUUUUGCAGAUCAAAUGUCGGAAUAGUUUGGAUACAGUAAAAACACCUGGGAUUGAUUAUGGACAAUGGUCGUGCAUGUGUAUAUCUUGGGGGAGUUCAUGUCAAGGUUUACAUGUGUUAAAUGAUACAUAUGUAGCUGAUCAAAAUGGCUAUUGUGAGGCAAAUAGCCCACAGUGUUUUACGCGGAAGCACUGCAUUGGCAUUUUAUGUGUCCUUAUGAAAAUAAUCGUUAAUCUUCAUUUUUAACUCAAGGUGCUUUUAAUAUUGUUGGUUUACUAGUUCAACAUAAUAUGAAAGAUUUUUUUUGAUUUUUUUUUUCACAUUCAACAGUACACACACUUAUUUUUUAGUCAUGAGAAAAAGUCAUGCAGUGACAGGAUUUGAUGUAU